AAAAAUCGUCGCGAACCAUUCCUUUGUCGUGUGGACUCGCUUUAACGGUCCAUUCAAACUCCGCUCGGUGUGCUCCGUGCCGUCGGAUCCACAAGGUAGGCAAGUGCGUUGCUGUCACCGAAGUAGUCGUCGUCGCUCUCUCGGUCUCCGCUCGGGCCUUUCCGCGGUUCGCAAGGGUGGUUAAUGCUUGGUUUAUGUUGAUCGGGGCAAGUUUUAGUUCUCGGCGUGUUGGCAGGUGCAGGCUAGUAGCGCGUGACCGUCCGCAGUCCACGAAGUAAUAGUCAACCAUUCCCGGUGUCCUUCUGGCCAGUGCUUUUCCGGCACGGUGAAUUCUGUGGUUUUCUCGCGAUGCAAACAUCUGAUAACAGGCUACGGCUCUGUUGCUAUCGGUGAUUCCCGGUGAUCCCCUGUGUUCCCGUGCGGUUCUAGUGCAUUUCGGAGCAGAAGGCGGCGCUAAUUAACGACGCGUGUGUGCGAACUCUGCUGCUCUUCGUUGCUUUCUUUUUCUCAUUCCAGCGUCAGCUUCUAGCAGUCUCACCAGGAACGUCUUCAUUCUGUCGUAAGAUCCUCGGCCCAGUGUCAUCCCACCCCAGUACUCGGAGUAACUGCAUAGAAAGUGAUUAAGAAGUGUCCUGUGGAAAAGUGCUUGGAAAAGAGAAAAGUUUUUGCCGCAAUCCAGGGAUCGCGAGAGAGCAGGGCUGCUAGCGAAGUGUCCCGAUGGCUUCACACAUGGACCAUUCCGAGCAUCACGAUUACUCACGUCACACGAACUUAUCGGGAAUGGCGGGAGUUGGUGGUGGUGUCGACCAUAGUGCACACGAUCACACGAUGAUGGUGGAUCACGGGGCACACGCAGACCAUGCAGGCCACGGAGCAGCGGGCGAUCAUGGUGCCGGUGGCCAUGGUGCGACCGGUAUGGUCCACCACAUGAUGUCAAUGUCGUUCCACGGUGGCUACGAUGAGACGAUUCUGUUCGAGCAGUGGAAAAUCGAUAGCCUCAGUGGCCUGCUGUGGUCCAUGCUGGCCAUCUUCAUCAUGGCCACCCUGUACGAGGGGCUCAAGUACUAUCGGGAGCAUUUGUUCUGGCGAACGUACAACGCACUACAGUACCGUCCGGUCACGGUGACGGAGAAGGUGAACGGCAACGGCGUCACGGGAGCAACGAACGUCGAACGGGGAGCCGCCGGCGAUAGCUUGAGCAUCGUCCAGUCACCCAUCGCGGGUGGUGGCAGUGCCGGCAGCGAGGAUACUACCCGGGUCGUACAUAUGGUUGGCGAAGUGAUCCACAAGCAACCACCGACGAUGCUGUCGAUUAUGCACCUGUUCCAAACGCUGCUCCACAUUGUGCAGGUCACGCUGAGCUUCCUACUGAUGCUGAUCUUUAUGACGUACAACACGUGGCUCUGCCUGGCGGUAGUGCUCGGGGCAGCCCUCGGUUACUUCCUGUUUGGUUGGAAAAAGUCCGUCAUCGUCGACGUGACCGAGCACUGUCACUAAGCCACUUCCAUCAAUGAGCCAGCCACCAGCAAAACGGUGGCACUACUACGAAAGAAUGGUAGAUUUUGGAUCGCAGAUUGAGUGAUACUAUGAUAGAAUGGUCGAGAGAGACAGAGAAAGAGAGUUGAGGCGCUCGAGGGAUGUAGGUGCGUCGAUUAGGAAUCUAUGAUUAGGAUAAAUUUUGAAAAGAGGAACAAAACACACAACACGCGAUCAAGAGAGAGUGAGAGCGAAAGAGAAUGAGCCACCAGUUUUAGCGCAUCCUUAACGGAUCUCCGAUCUCCCAGCGGAGGCGAAUGGAUGCGAUAUUUUUAUGCUCAAACCCCGGAAGUAAUGUACAGUGAGGCAGAGUUUAUUGAGAAGUUAGGGAAGGCAGAUGUUACAAAAGAAACAAAUAGGGUCAAAAGGAUUAAACAAAAAAGCAAGAAACAACGGAUACAACAUUGUGUAAAUAGAUAAACGAAUCAAAAAAGCCACAACGACAACGACGGCGUCGGUCGAUGUAUAUGGUAGAAUUUGUUGGAGGCUUGCAAUCCUAGCGAAAGUGAAGAACGUAGUAGAUACAAUAAGCGAUACCAGAAAACACACAUACACAAACACAUUAUAUACAAACCAUCCUAUAUCUGAGCUUUUUUGUGCGAGAUCCAAGUACAACACAAGCGAACAGGAGAAGAGAGAAGGAACCAUGUUUUGGGGCGAGGAAUUGAUGAAUUGGCUGUUAAUUGUUGAUUUUAGAUGGUGGCGUAUUCUAGUACUGAAAACUCUCUAAACCAUACGCAUAAAAACACACCCCACCACCCCGACACACCCACAGACACUGAAUGUUGCAAACAUAAGCGCCCCGUAAACUAAGCCAACGGAAGAAGAAAUGGUCAUAUCCUAGCAGAGAAAACCAAGCAGAACGUUUGCCCACUACUAUUGCGAUACCGGCGACUCGUCUCGGUUUCUAAGUAUUUACGGGACGCCAGCCUGGGGAACCCGGAACUGUGUUAGUAUAGGAUGGUUUUGUUUGAUUUAAUUUCUAGAUUCCAAAUCGUUUAGUGAGGGUGGCCACGGAGAGAGUGUCAGAGACAGAGUGGGCCGUUAGGUAGGGGGCUGCUAACAGCAGAACCACGAAGAAGAACACGAUUUUCCUUUCCGUUUAUCAUCUUUGUUCGCCCGCUUGUUUCUUGCCUGUUAGAGCUCGUUAAGUUUAUUUGAAUUUACUUUUCAUCGUUGAUUCAUUUCACUUUCCACUCCAACUCCUCUCCAGCAGCAUAUUUUAUUUAAAGAAGAGGUAGAAAGUGCGAAACCAAAAGGUGGUUGCAAAAAGAAUUUAUGUCUAAUGUGACACCGAAGCGAAGCGCAGAAUAACGAUUGGACGCACGUUCCGUUACGCGGCGUGUGGGCAGAGAGUUCCAUAUAGAUAGGAUGUUAUCGAAUGCUGCGUAAAGAGUUCUGCUGCGAGGUUGCACAAGUGGCAGGACAGUGGUGUGACCAGCCCCGAAUAUCCUCCACUAUCCCCGUUCUCAUGCUUCCGGAAUUCGGUUGCCUCAAGUUAUUGGUCAUGUUUAUUAAGGCUUACACGCGUUUUCUUUCGAGUUUUCCGUUUUUUUUUGUUCCGUUUUCAUUUUUCUUCUCUCCACCAUCUUUUGGCGCGUUUAUCCCGUUUAUCUCCCUAGUUUAGAGCGUUAGAUUUUUAAUGAAAUGGAUAGUGAUUUACUCUCUUUUUUAUACAAAAUAAAACGAAAAGCGUACGUAUAUAUGCACAUAAAAAAAGAACACACAACAAAACGAUUGGAAUGCUUUAGAGAAACCCCUGGGGGAAAAGGUCAACAAAAACACGGACACAGUGCAUGAUCCCGGUCCCCCGGAAGGGGUCCCCGUAUCGGUGGCUGUAGCGAGCGAAUGUGGAAAGUCUAAAAUACAAACAAAACUCUUACUAACUUCCUCUCUUCCCCUCCGUAGAUUACACCAGUGUAGAAUGGUUGACAUCCUUUUUGGUCAUGAGUAGUUGCUUCUCCAGUAACUUUCCAUUCGGAAACCGGAACGCUUCCAUAGUAGGCCUUCGCGGGGCGCGUACCCUUAGCAAACACAGGAUUAGAGCGAUUGGCGUUAAUCUCACUUUCCUUUUUAUUGUUACGAGUUGAUGAACAGUUUUGAUUUUCACAUUCUUUUUGCAUAUGCUUACAUGUAUAUAUAUAUAAUAUGUAUCGGCAUACCGCUAUCGCUAAUAUACUGUUUUGCUUUAGUUUUCCAUUUGGUAUUGUUUGCUUUGCACUACACGACAGGGCAGAUUUGUAGAGCUAGAGUUAACGAGAGCGAGACAGAGGAAGGUUUGUGUAAGUUUACUUUUUUGUUUCAACAGUAAAACCCACUUACAACUUGCUGUGUAUAAAUGCAUGUUUUGAUUAUCCUUUUUUUGUUACACACCUAGUUCUCUAGUACAGCAACUGCUGUUCCACACAGAGACACGAAUGCCGAUAACCCCAGGAAUGGGAUGAGACGAUGAUUGUAUUUCUGUUGAUACUAAUGUUCAAAAAUGUUUUAAGAUAAUGCA